GGGCGAGCGAGUCGGUGACCACCACCUGCAACGGGUGUAGAGCUCCACUAGUAGACCUGCCUUGAUUCUUCCCGGCUAUGGCAUCUCAGCAACAGUCGCCGCCGGCGACGUUAUCGCCGAAGAAGAAGAAGAAGAAAGCCCCAUCACUACCUCCUACCACCAUAAGCGGCCUUGACCAAGACACUCUGUACGAAAUCUUCGUCCGCCUCCCCUCUCUCCCCACCCUCGUCCGCGCCGCCUUCACUUGCCGCACCUUCCUCGACGCCGUCCGUUCGUCCCCCGCCUUCCGCCGCCGCUUCAGCGCCCUCCACUGCUCCCCAGUCCUAGGUCACUUUAUCGGCAACGAAGAAGACACCCUUAUCCCUAACUUCCUACCUCUCCGCCGCCGCUCCGACCCAGACCUUGGGGCUGUUCUCCGUGGGGCCGAUUUCUUCCUCACCCGCCUCCCAGUUUUCGACCAAGAAGAUGCCGUCCCCGUCCCCGACCCCGAAGAGGACGAUGAUGCAUUCCCCGGGUGGUCAAUCAACGACUGCCGCGAUGGAUUCCUUGUUCUCGGCAACUGGAGCGCCGAGCAGAUGGCCGUCUACAACCCGCUCACGCGUACCAUGGACCUGUUUCCCCCGCCGCCGCCGCACGAGGACCCCGAUCCCGAUGGCUUGUAUCAUGAUUUCCACAUCCUGCGCUCAGAAGAAGACCACCGCUCGUUCCGCCUCGUGUGUGUCCGGCACGGCGAAACUGGGGCGCGAGCUCUUGUCUUAUCAUCAUCGGACACCAGCAAGUGGCAGAAUUUUCCAUGGGCAGAUAUCGACGGGCUCUGGCCUCAGAAUGGCACCAUGGUGAACGGUUGCAUCUAUUGGACCAUUGGAAUGCCAAAUGACGCCCGUGUGCUCAACACCGCCACGAUGCAAUUCUCCCGGAUUCAUCUGCCACCGCGGAGAGUGAAUACGACAUGGAAGGCUGGCGAGACCAAGGAUGGAAGGCUAUGUAUGGCAUCCGUACCGUUCGAAGUCCAAGCCCAACGGCCGCUUGAUGUUUGGUUCUGGAGAGCCGAUGGCGAUGGUGUUGAGAGAUGGAUGCUGGAUAAGUCGCUUCCGAUGCAG